CUUUGUUACUUGGAUAGCGCAAGACAUGAGGUGGUUUUAAGAUUGCCUGCACGGCGACUCAUCUCACCUUUGUUUCUUCCAUUGCACUGCCUACCGAUUGACAAGUCCAUACCUCCCUUUCUUGGGCCAGGCAAUUGAAGAGUUACUCUCAGCCUACAGCUUCUUAAAUUCAGGACUAUAUCCAAGAUACAGUCACUCCUUGAUAACCUGGAGACUUUCGAAAAUUGCUUGAUAUUCUGUCUACCUGUCUAUCACAGCUGCGGCUAUACUCAAACCACCACAUAAAGUGUCUACUCUGCACAGUUCAUUUCAGCCUUCGCAAUUUUUAUCCAGUUCGACGCCCCUAACGACACCUCUGUCACCAAUCGAUUUCAACUCCCCGGCUCGUAAGCUUUUGGUUCUCAGCCUUUGCUACAAAGGCGUUGGCGUGGAUCUCCUCAAAUCGAACCAAGCCUCUUCGCUUCUGGCCAUCAACGUCACGGCCAACUAUCACAUCUGUAUCAGUCAGUCAGCCAACACAACACAACACAAGUGACUUUGAUAAACGCCGCGGCAACUCAAACAGGGGAGCCUCUCACGUUGAUGACUUCCAUUAAUUAUCCCCCAUUUCUAAUCAAAGUUUGCCUCGCAUCGGUUGACCCAGCGAAAGCCCUCACUCAGUUCCACACUCCACGCUUCAGCGACUCACUGUUACAGGGUGCCACCGCCAGGCCACCAUCCAUCCAUUCACCUAGGUACCGUUUGGCCGGGCAAGUCUAGGCCUAAAGCCCACUGCAAGCACUACAUCACAGUACAUAUUGUACAGUAGGUACCUCUGACCUGACACGCUACGUCUACUCCAUCCCUAGGCAGCCCUGGCGAGGAUCCAGCUUUUCCCCUCCGUGUCCAGUCCCUGUCUGCUGUUCACUAGCCUCCUUGAAGAAGGCUUGUUCACCGAGCGCCCAGUGCUCCCCCGUACCUACACGCCCCCCAACCAACCUAAGCCAGACCGGACCAAACCAAACCAAACACUCUUUGCUGCAGUCGGGUCUAUUCUGUUCUGUAGGUAGGUAGGUACCUACGUACAGUGCUACAGCCAGUACGUACUCCUCUGCGGGUUCCGCCAGACAGAAAGAGGCAGAGAGAGAUCCGCCGAGUCGCCCGCUGCCCCCUUGGAGCUAAACUUGGGACGUUUUCCGCGUGCGCGCCCACACCUCCAUCAUCUCGCAGUUUAUAUCACAUCGCCAGCCCAGCUCUUUGGAGCGUCUGGGCUCUCCCCGACCAAGAACCAAGCACCAGCACCUUCUGGCGCAGGCCACGGCCACUUCUGUUCUUCAUCCUCACCUCACUUGAUCACAAGACUUUUACCAACCAUUCACUGUUCGACAAUGAUGCCUCUCAAGGCUCUUUGAAAGCCACCCACCCGCUCCAUCGCAGGUUCCCGUCUCUCUCUCUCUCUGUCUUUCUCGACCCAGGGGUGAACAUCCGUUCUCCUCCGCUACCUCCGAGGACCUUUGAGGCUUUCUUGCCCGCAUCAUCGCCUUUCGAGAUCCACGAACAUCUUUGUUUUUUGUUCUCGCUCGACCAAAUUCCCCGACAUUCCUCCCAAUUCCCGUCACUCUCCGCCCCAACUUCCCACUAAGAAGAUGUCGAGUUCUGCCUCCGGCGACUCGGGCGGUGGCCGUUCCAUGGAGUCACGAGUGGGUAGAACCAAGCAACGUUACAACACUAAGGGCGAACGUCUCGUCGCUGGCAUCGUGCCUCUCACUCCCGAUCAAAACUUUGUCCUAUUGAUUCAGUCUACCCGGCGCAAAGGCUGGGUGCUGCCCAAGGGCGGCUGGGAGUCUGACGAGACUUGCCAGGAAGCCGCUGAGCGAGAGGCCUGGGAAGAAGCUGGCAUCACUGUUCAGAUCACCUAUGAUCUUGGUGACAUUGAUGAGAAGCGUGCGCCCAAAUCGUCAAAAGAUCGGUCAAGAUACCACUUCUUUGAGGGCACAGUAACCAGCGAGUACGACGAUUGGCCCGAAUCCCACAAGCGAGAACGCCAGUGGUUUACAUUUGCCCAGGCGUGGGAGGCGUUGUCAACACGACCGGAGCUACAGGAGGCCUUGCAACGGUCUACUGUAAAUCGUCAAUAGCCUCACGGCGCCCUCUCAUGCGCAAUCAUGGCUUUGGAAGUGACCAAUCUCUAUCCUUGAACGGCGCCCCAUUCAGUCGCGACGACAUGGCUUCAUCUCCUGGCUGUUGAGUGGAUUGUGAUACACCGUCACUUCCACAGAGUUCUUUCCAUUUCCUUGUCAUGAGAGGAAUGACACGUGCUCGUCUAAGAAACUCAAUCUGGGUUGAGUUACGAAGCACCUCUUCUUUACCUCCUAUUUUUCAGUUCUCUAUAUAGAGACUACAAUGUGCAUCCAUCCCAAGGCGUUUAGGCUGGAACAUGAUAGAGUAUCACUUGUUUUUUUUUUUAAACAUCUAAGAAUUCGGACGGGGCGGGUUACUUGAGCGGCAUAUAAAGGUGCAAGCAUCGAGAUCAGAGGGUUUAUCUUAUUGCAAUUCAUGGAUAGGACCGGAAAAGCAUCACAAAAGGUUGGCUGCCCUCAGAUUCUUGCUUUUUUCAUCGGGUACUAGCCCGAAGACCGACGGGACGGGGAGGCAAAUAUGCGCAUAAGUCCACCCACUAGAGAGGGACGAAAUCUUAGUAACUCGCCUGGUCAUGGUGGAGUUGAAUAGACUUGGCGAUUCCCCUCACUUGAGCGCAUCUAAACAAGUUGAAGCUGGGUGAGAGUGAGAGUGAGAGUGAGUGACCAAAAAGAUGACCAAAAUAAUGAGACAUAAAAAAAAAGAGAAGAACCCUUCGCCGAAUGGCAUAUAAUGACGCACAAGCAAGUCACUGCUGCAGCUCUCGACCACUAAGAGACUGUGGCCAAGACCUUGUCAUGGAUGCUUAUUUCU